AUGUGCACCCCGCUAAGAGCCGCGGGCUGCGCCCUCAACCUCGCGACGGGCGCCUGGGUCUUCUCCCUCAACACGGCGCCGAAACCGUCGAACGAACAACCGGCCGAGGAGCGGCGAGAGUCGCCGGGCGCCGCCGCGCGGGCGCUCGUGCUGGUUCUUGUUACUAUAGGUUGCUUGGGCCGGGGCCUCGCCGACGGCGCGCAGAUUCUGGCGUGUCCCGCCUGCGAAGAGGUCGAUUGGCCGUGUCGCAUGGUGCGAGCUUUGGCGGGGAGCGGCUUCCUGGGCGCCUACGCGGCGUUGGCGGUGUUUCUGUUCGCAUUGAGGAGAGGCGUCGAUGGUUUACCUUGUCCUAGAGCGACGGCGUUAUUUUCUUUGCUCGUCGCCGUGUGGGCCGCACUUGUAGUAACGAUGGCCGGCCGCGCGGCGACGGCGACCGAUGUGACGAUUGCCCAAGCCUGCGGCACGGCCGUGCUCGUGGUAUACGCUAUAAGCUGCGCCGUCGUCGCGGCCGCCCUCGCGAAGACGCGCGCUGAUUUGUUACGAGCCCUUGGGGACUCGCCGCGGCAAGGCCGGGCCAAGGCGCCGCCGGCCCUCCUAUCACUGCUGGACCGCGCCGUCGCGCUCUCUGCUGGGGUGUGCCUCGCGCAGGGCGUGCGCUACGCGCUCUGGGCCCGGGAGAUGAAUGCGCUGCCGUGCGACGCCGCGUGCGCCGCGGACCUCCUCGCGAACGUUCUUCUAGAACUCGCGCCGUGCCUCGUCGGGGCGCUUCUAUUGAGACCGCGCGGCGAGGCCUCGCCGCCGCGCGGCGAGCGCGCGCGGCUCCGGGCGCAGUCUCCAUUAAGACCGCCGCGCUCGGCCGGCGAGGCCGCCGCCGCCGCAGCCGCGCGCGCGAUCCGCGUGCAGUCCGCGCCGCCCCCGUCUACCGAACUCAAGACGUACGACGCGACGGUCGCCCGGACGCCGACCGCUUAA